UAGCGUCUGAGACUUCGGAUCGGGUAAACGGGUGGACCUUCUCCCGGCUCACAUGUUUUCCUUUGGUCUGAAAUGAAGGGGGGGAGGGGGGAAAUUACUUCCCCAAUGUCCUGAAGAUGGAAGAUACUGGUGUUUUAAUGACUUCCCCAAUGUCCUCAUACCUCGAAGAAGAACUCAGCAAACGCUUCGCUCUCUUCAAACUCUGGGAAUACUCUUCAAUAACUGACUUCUUGAAGGCCAACAAGAGCGCAAACUUAAUCAGAGCGGUAGUGGGCGACACUAAAUUUGGCGCAGACGCCAAGUUAGUAGACUCGAUUCCUACCUUGGAGAUCGUGGCAACUUACAGCGUGGGACUGGAUAAGAUCGAUUUGAAGAAAUGUGAAGAGAAAGGGAUUAGAGUCACCAACACACCUGAUGUGUUGACAGAUGAUGUGGCGGAUUUGGCUUUUGGGUUGAUACUUGGGGUUUUGAGGAAGGUUUGUGCGGGUGAUAGGUUUUUGAGAGAUGGACAUUGGAGGAUUUCUGAUUUUGAGUUGGGCACAAAGUUCAAUGGUAAAUCAGUUGGAAUUAUUGGGUUGGGAAGGAUAGGGUCAGCAAUUGCAAAGAGAGCUGAAGCAUUUGGGUGUCCAAUUAGUUAUCAUUCCCAAUCGAAGAAACUGAGUGCAAAAUAUAAGUACUACUCAAAUGUCUUGGACUUGGCUGCAAAUUGUGAAAUCUUGAUUGUAGCAUGCGCUUUGACUGAUAAGACAUGGCAUAUCGUUGAUCGGAAAGUGAUCAAUGCAUUGGGUCCAAAGGGCAUUCUCAUCAACAUAGGAAGAGGAGCACACAUUGAUGAAGCAGAGCUUGUAUGUGCACUGCAGGAAGGGCGAGUGGGUGGAGCAGGGCUUGAUGUAUACGAGAAUGAACCAGAAGUACCUGAACCUUUGUUGCAGCUUCAGAAUGUAGUCCUUCUGCCUCAUGUGGGAAGUGACACUCAUGAAACUGCAAAGGCAAUGGCUGACCUUGUGCUCAAAAAUUUGGUGGCGCACUUCAACAAUCAGCCACUCUUAACGCCUGUUAUAUGAUGUUCAAAAUUUGUUUAUUUACUUGGAAGAAAAUAAAUAGAGGAAUUUAUCUUUUCUAUUUUCUCAAAUUGUGAGAAAAUUGUUGUUUUUUAAUCAUUGGAUAUAGAAGUUGAUUCUGGGAGAAUAUCUGGACAUUCAUUUUGGAUUCGUAAAAUGACAGAUAAUAUGCAUGCAGUAGUCAAAAUUUGAACCCCA